UUUAUCUCCAGGAACCAGACGGUGGUGGUGGAGUACUGCCAUGAUAACGACACCGACAUGUUCCAGAUCGGUCGCUCCACCGAGAGCCCCAUAGACUUCGUGGUGACAGACACUCCGGGAGCGUCCCAGGAGAGCGACGACUCGUGCUCGGCCCCCAGCACCAUCUCCCGCUUCGCCUGCAGGAUCGUCUGCGACCGGAACCCGCCCUACACCGCCCGCAUCUACGCCGCCGGCUUCGACUCCUCCAAGAACAUCUUCCUCGGGGAGAAAGCAACUAAGUGGAAGAAUCCGGACGGGCACAUGGACGGACUGACGACCAACGGCGUUCUGGUGAUGCAUCCUGUGGGAUUCCCAGAAGAGCCCAAGCAGGGCUUGUGGAGAGAGAUCUCGGUGUGUGGAGACGUGUACGCUCUCAGAGAGACCCGAUCCGGGCCCAUCCGCGGCCAGCUGGCGCAGGGCGAGAGCAGCGCGCUGCAGGACGGUUCUCUGGUCGAUCUCUGCGGGGCGACGCUGCUCUGGAGGACAGCUGACGGUCUGCUGAAGGCCCCGACCCUGCGGCACCUGGAUGCCCUGCGUCUGGAGCUGAACGCGGCACGGCCGCAGUGUCCGGUGGGUCUGAGCACGCUGGCCUUCCCCAGCCUCCCGCGGAGCCACAGUCUGGAGGAGCGCCAGCCCUGGGCCUACCUCUCCUGCGGACACGUGCACGGCCGGCACGACUGGGGCCAGCGGCCCGAGGGCCACCGCGAGCGCAGCGAGGGCCCCGGCGGCCGCCGCGAGUGCCCGCUCUGCCGGAGCCUAGGGCCCUAUGUGCCGCUGUGGCUGGGGGCAGAGCCGGGCUUCUACACGGACGCCGGGGCCCCGACUCACGCCUUUGUUCCCUGCGGUCACGUGUGCUCCGAGAACACGGCUCGAUACUGGGCCGUCACGCCGCUGCCUCACGGGACACACGCCUUCAGACCCACCUGCCCCUUCUGCUCGGCCCCGCUGUCCGGCGGCCCCGGGGUCACACGCCUCAUCUUCCAGGGUCCCAUCGAUUGAUGAGGGGGCCGAACGAGGGCCGAAAGGAGUCUCACGAGGGGCUGUGUUAGAAACAUGCUGCUUUCGAGUCAAAUUGAUAUGAUUCUUUAGGGUCUUCUUAAAAACUUGAUAACAUACUUUGAUUAAAAUAUCUCUAUAGCUGUUUCCAUCUACCGAUUUUUAUGUGCAUUUUGGAAUAUUGCAUAAAAAACACUGGCUGUGCAUAAAUUCAAAAAAUGGUGCAUAAAAAUGCACAUAACUGAGCAGAAUAAACUUUUUAUCUGAUAAGAAAACAUGCGCAUAAACUACGAUGAAAACACAUUUACUGAAUGAAUUCCACCAUGCACAUCCAAAAAGGUAAUAACAUAAUUAAUAUGCUGCCUUUAAGUCACAUCAUUUAUAUGUUUAAGUGCCAACUGGAUGAGUUAAAGGCAUGUUGAUGAAUAACUAACGUAGCUGAGGUGAUCAUUUAGCCAAAAAUAAUCAUUCUUUCACACAUGAGCUUCUUUCUUCAGUGAAACAUUAAAGAAAUAUUUCAGUGUUUGAAAACAAACUAUUGCUGGUAACCUUAAAUUAAGACAACCAUUAAUAAUAGUAUCAUAGUU